GCCCGUCGAGGCCAGAUUCCAACUCAGAUCGCUUGUCUUCUCUUGGCCUCAAUUUUUUCACCGAAGAGAUGGGUUUCCAACGGUGGCAUAAUGACUUUGGAAAGCUGGAGUGCUGGGUGGAGACUGUGGGAUAAAUCGGGGCCCGCCGGGACAAACAGGAUCUUCGGGACGAGCGGCAGGUUCCACUGAGGGCGUGAGUCCCCGCAGAUUGGGGUGCCAUGGCCUCGCGGCUCCUGCACCGGCUGCGGCACGCCCUGGCCGGCGACAGCCCGGGGGAGGCGGCGGCCGGCCCGGAGGCCGAGCAGUUCCCGGAGAGCUCGGAGCUAGAGGACGACGACGCCGAGGGCCUGUCCUCCCGCCUCAGCGGCACCCUCAGCUUCACCAGCGCCGAGGACGAAGAGGAGGAGGACGACGAGGACGACGGAGAGAUUGGCCCCGACCCUCUGCCCGCCGGGGACGGGGCGUCGGGAGAAGAUGCAGAACGAAGCCCCCCACCUGAUGGGCAGCGGGGCAGUCAGCCCCUCACAAGGCAGUUGCAGGAUUUCUGGAAGAAGUCCCGGAACACCCUGGUUCCCCAGCGUUUGCUCUUCGAGGUGACCAGCGCCAACGUGGUCAAGGACCCGCCCUCCAAGUACGUGCUCUACACCCUCGCCGUGAUGGGUCCAGGGCCACCUGAUCGUCAGCCAGCCCAGAUCUCUCGUCGAUACUCGGACUUUGAGCGGCUGCACCGAAACCUGCAGCGACAGUUCCGGGGCCCCAUGGCCGCCAUCUCCUUUCCCCGGAAGCGCCUGCGCCGGAAUUUUACCGCCGAGACCAUUGCCCGCCGCAGCCGGGCCUUCGAGCAGUUUCUGAGCCACCUGCAGGCCGUGCCUGAGUUGCGCUGUGCCCCGGACCUGCAGGACUUCUUCGUGCUGCCUGAGCUGCGGCGGGCCCAGAGCCUCACCUGCACUGGCCUCUACCGCGAGGCUCUGGCACUCUGGGCCAACGCCUGGCAGCUGCAGACCCAGCUAGGCACCCCCUUGGGCCCAGACCGCCCUCUGCUGACCCUGGCCGGGCUGGCUGUGUGCCACCAGGAGCUGGAGGACCCUGGCGAGGCCCGGGCAUGCUGUGAGAGAGCCUUGGAACUGCUGGGGGACAAGAAUCCACACCCUCUGCUGGCACCCUUUCUGGAGGCCCACGUGCGGCUCUCCUGGCGCCUGGGCCUGGACAAACGCCAGUCGGAGGCCCGCCUCCAGGCCCUGCAGGAAGCAGGUCUGACCCCCACGCCACCCCCCAGUCUCAAAGAACUGCUCAUCAAGGAGGUACUGGACUAGGCUUACUGCCACUGUGGGGAGAGGCACUGCCCCAGGAUGGGGGGUGGGGGUGGGCACUGAGGGCAUGGAGAGCAGUUGGGAAGCUGCAGGGGGUGCUGGAAACCCCUGGAAAUUCUACAAAGAAUUUGCAGCAAACCAAGGAAGCAGGUUCCUUCUGUCGAGCUGGGCUCAGGACAAGCUUCGGCUGGGGUUGCCCUGGGAUGGUACCGGAGGGAAGCCGGAUGGAUGCAGCCUCUCCAGCUCAUGAAUGCCUGGGGAUGAUGCCCCAGGGUAGGUCGGUGUCCCCUCUUCCUUGGCCCGAGGGCCAGGGACUCUGCCUCUGGAGUCCUGGAGCUGAGGGCUGGAGCAGGGCUGCAGCCUGGCCCCGGGGAAUUAAAGGCCAGGAGCUCCAGUGG